UAUUCAAAAGCUAAAUAUUGACGAAAAGGCAGGAUUUUAGUCAUUUCUAACUCGAAAUCUGAUGCUUAAAUUUACAGUUUAACGAUAGUGAUGCUUAUCUUGUUCGGUUUCCGUAGAGAUUGUGUGAUCGGCAUCAAACGAGGCCUUGCCACAUGGUCACAAAAAAAAGCUAUGAAAGAGAAAAAGAAGACCGAAAACAGUGGUGGCGGCAAAGUGGGAGAGUUGAACCCGCAGCCGGAGUACAUCCAGAGACGUAUCGACCUGUGGGACAAGUACAAGGCCCAGUACCUGGAGGAGCUAGAGAAAAAACCGGCGGUCAGCAUCGUGGUGACGCUGCCCGAUGGCAAGCAGGUGGAGGCCAGCGCGUGGCGCACCACUCCGUAUGAUGUUGCUAAAGGAAUCAGCCAGGGGUUGGCCGACAAUUCCAUAAUUUCCAAAGUCAAUGGAGUGCUGUGGGACCUCGACAGACCCUUGGAGGGUGACUGCAAGCUGGAGCUGCUGAGGUUUGACAACACUGAGGCUCAGGCCGUGUUCUGGCACUCGUCCGCUCACAUGCUCGGAGAAGCUAUGGAGAGGGUGUAUGGAGGAUGUUUGUGCUAUGGACCUCCUAUUGAAGAGGGCUUCUAUUAUGACAUGCACUACCCUGAGAAAGGAAUAUCCUCAACAGACUUCCCGGCGAUGGAGACGCUGGUGAAGAAGAUAGCGAAGGAGAAGCAACCCUUCGAGCGGCUCGAGCUCACCAAGGAACAGCUGCUCGAGAUGUUCGACUACAACCUGUUCAAAGUGAGGAUCCUCAAGGAGAAGGUGGACACACCCACUACUACUGUUUACAGAUGCGGAACCCUGAUCGACCUGUGCCGCGGCCCGCACGUGCGACACACCGGGAAGGUGAAGGCAUUCAAAGUAACCAAGAACUCGUCAACCAACUGGGAGGGCGCGGCCGACGCGGAGACGCUUCAGCGCGUGUACGGAGUGUCGUUCCCGGAGCCCAAGCAGCUCAAGGAGUGGGAGCUGAUGCAGGCCGAGGCCGCCAAGAGGGACCAUAGGAAGAUCGGGAAGGAACAAGAGCUGUUCUUCUUCCACGAGCUGUCGCCCGGCUCAUGCUUUUUCCAGCCGCGCGGCGCGCACAUCUACAACACGCUGGUCAGCCUCAUCAGGGAACAGUACAGGGCCCGCGGCUUCCACGAGGUGGUUACUCCGAACAUCUACAAUGCCAAACUGUGGCAGACGUCGGGCCACUGGGCGCACUACGCCGACAACAUGUUCUCCUUCGAGAUCGAGAAGGAGACCUUCGCGCUCAAGCCGAUGAACUGUCCGGGGCACUGUCUAAUGUUCGACGUGCGCUCCCGCUCAUGGCGCGAACUCCCGCUCCGAAUGGCGGACUUCGGCGUCCUCCACCGGAACGAGCUGAGCGGCGCGCUGUCCGGCCUGACCCGCGUGCGGCGCUUCCAGCAGGACGACGCGCACAUCUUCUGCACCGAGCAGCAGAUUGAGCCAGAAGUGCAUGGCUGCCUGGAGUUCCUGGACUUCAUCUACUCGACGUUCGGGUUCACGUACCAGCUGUACCUGUCCACGCGGCCCGAGAAGUACCUCGGGGACCUGAAGACCUGGGAGCACGCUGAGAAGGCAUUAGCAGACUCGCUCAACAAAUUCGGCAAGCCGUGGCAGGUGAACCCGGGUGACGGUGCCUUCUACGGGCCCAAGAUUGACAUCAUCAUCAAGGAUGCCCUCCGAAGGUCGUUCCAGUGCGCCACCGUACAGCUGGACUUCCAGCAGCCGGAGAGGUUCAACCUCACUUAUGUCAGUGAAUCCGGCGAAAAGAAGCGUCCAGUGAUCGUGCACCGAGCCAUCCUGGGCUCAGUGGAGCGCAUGGUGGCGAUCCUGACGGAGUCGUACGCGGGCAAGUGGCCGUUCUGGCUGAGCCCGCGCCAGGCGCAGCUCGUGCCCGUCGGGCCCAACUUCGACGAGUACGCGCUACAGGUGAGGGACAAGCUGUUCGCGGCCGGCUUCAUGGUGGAAGCGGACACGGACCACGGCGACACGUUGAACAAGAAAGUGAGGAACGCACAGCUAGCGCAGUUCAACUAUAUACUUGUGGUAGGCGACAAAGAGAGAUCCUCAGGCACAGUGAACGUACGCACUCGCGACAACAAAGUACACGGCGAGUUCACAGUGGACGCUCUCAUAGAACACUUCCGCACACUCACUAAGGAACGCACGCUGGCUGACGACUGCCAACUGUUGACUACAGACUAGACUGGACGAGUGUGAAAUGUGG